CAUUGCACUUUCCAGCAUGCGGAGGCCCCUCCUCGCAAGGACUCCCGUGCUUGGAUCAGACCGGGGGGGGGGGGCGGCUGCAACCCCCCCUUGAGCUUUGUAUGCGAGUCCGGAAGGGACGGGCGGCGGGGGGGGGGGCUUCUUGCUUCUUUCUCGCUGCUCCCCCCCCCCCCGGGAGUUGCAGUCUGGGAAGGGCGCGGGGCAGGGGCGGCUCCUCUCCCGCCCGGCCCGGGGCGCCCCCUCGGCUUCUACCCUCCCCGGCCCGCUUCUUUGUGGGGGGUCCCGGGGCUGACCGGCCUUGGCGCGCCUCCCCCUCCUCUCCCCCCGCAGCCGCCCGUUUCCUGUACCAGGGCAAGGCCGAGUGCCGCUUCGCCAACGGGACUCGCGGCGAGGUGCGCUUCCUGCAGAGGUACAUCUACGGCCGCCAGGAGCUCGUGCGCUUCGACAGCCGCCGCGGGACCUUCGAGGCCGUCACGGAGCUGGGCCGGCCCGACGCCGACGCCUGGAACAGCCAGAAGGAGAGCCUGGACCUCCUGCGGGGCGAGGUGGAGCGCUUCUGCCGCCACAACUACGCGGUGCUGGAGCCCGGGCCGGCCAUCGGCAGGAAGGUUCAGCCCACGGUGAAGAUCUCCCCCACCAAGGCCGAGCCCCUGUCCCACCACACCCUCCUGAUCUGCACCGCGGCAGGAUAUUACCCCUCGGAGAUUAAGAUCAAGUGGCUGAAGAACGGGCAGGAGCAGACGGAGGGGGUGGGAUACGCGGAUGAGCUCCAGAACGGAGACUGGACCUUCCAGAACCAGGUGAUGCUGGAGACGGUGCCCGAGCAGGGAGACAUCUACGCCUGCCAGGUGGAGCACAGCAGCCGGGAGGAGCCCAUCGCUGUGCAGUGGGAGCCACAGACCUCGGACUCUGCCAAGAGCAAAGUGUGGACGGGGGUCGUGGGGGCCGUGCUGGGGGUGGUCUUUGUGGCCGUGGGACUCGCCCUCUACCUGAAGAGUGGGAAAGCGACUCCCCUCCCACCUGCUACAGCCCUCAUCAGUUAACCCUUCCUGCCCAGGAUGCUGCCUGUGGAAGAGCCUUUCCUGUAGCAAACGCCCCCCCUCCUGUCCUUUCCUUUGGGGAGGGGCAUUGCAGGGGGUGAAGAUGGACGGAGGAAGGACUGCUUGCUACUGGCGCUGCUCCCCCCCCUUGCAAUUGGCUUCUUCUGUGCUUCUCUUUUAUUACUUUUGGGGAGGGGAGUCCAUCCUGCCACGCAGGGAGGAAAAGGCCGUCAUUUUUCUCCAGUCCUCUGUAUGCUUCAUUGGGAGGGUUGCGAACUCUGGCUUGGGAAAUGCCUGGAGAUUUGGAGGUCAAGGCUGGGGAGGGUGGGGCUGGGGGCACAGCACAGUUUAAUGCUAUCGAGUCCAUCCUCCAAGGCAGCCGUUUCCUCCAGGGCAACAGAGCUGAAGAAGUUCCAGGAGGUAUCCAGCCCCCACCUGGAGGUUGGCAACCCCACUCCUCAGGGGCAGACAUGGCAUGAGAUUCUUCCCCUCCACUGUGCAGGGCCGAAUGGCACCUGUUGGCUCUUCUCCUUGGGCAAGGGGUGUUCUGUGUCCAGCCUCCGUGUAGCUCUCUCAGCAACCUCAAUUGUGGCAUCAUCGAAAUUCGCCAUUGAAAUACUGAUUUCGCGUUUUUUGCCUGGCUGCUACGGAGACCCCUGCCCUCCCCUCUCUGGACUCGCUGAACACUCAAGUCUCAGUUGUGGCAUCCAUGACCGGAGGAUGAGAAUUGCUGUUGGAAACAUCACAAUUUUUUUAAAAAAUUGUCAUUUCCAGAAUUCAUUCGUGCUCCUUAACUUGGGCUCACUCUGAUUGGAGGGACCGUCUAAUAAAAGACAAAGAACUGUU